AUGGAAUCCCACACCCUGACCAUCUCCCCCCAAACCAACAUCCACUUCACCAUCACCAAAACCUCCACCCCGAACAACAACCCCCUCCUCAUCUUCCUCCACUACUGGGGCGGCUCCAGCAAUACCUGGCACAAGCAAACCUCACCUACCUCCCCCACCAGCCUCACCACAACCCACAACACCGUGGCCAUCGACCUCCGCGGCUGGGGCCAAUCCACCGGCCCUACCACCAGUCCCAAAGACUAUUCCAUCACGCCCAUGGCCGACGACAUCCUCGCCAUACUCACCCACCUCCAAACCACCCCAUCCACCACCCCCUUGUUCGCAAACGGCCUAAUCCUCCUCGGCCACUCCAUGGGCGCCAAACUCGCCCUCACCGUCCUCUCCACCCUCCCGCCUCCCCUCCUCAUCCUAAUCAAAGGCCUCGUCCUCCUCGCCCCCGCCCCACCUACCCCGCUCCUCCUCCCGGAGGAAAUGGCCACUCAGCAAAAACAAGCCUACACGAGCGAGGAAUCCAUUCGCUGGACCGUGGAGAAUGUCCUCUCCAAUACGAAGAAUCUCACCAAGGAGGACAUGGAUAUGAUAGUGAGGGACAGUUCCUCGGGGAAUGCACUCGCUCGAGACGGAUGGAUUAUGUAUGGUAUGGCGGAGGAUAUUACUACCCUAGUGGAGGGGGUUGUGGGGAGGUUGGAGGGGAGAAAGAGAAAGGUUAGGGUUUGGGUUGUGGCGGGGGAGGAGGAUGUUGUUGAGGAUAAGGCGAAGGUGGAGAGGGAGGUGGUGGGGUUUUUGAGGCAGAAGGAGGGGUUGGAGGUGGGGUUUGAGGUUCUGGGGGGGAUGAGGCAUUUGGUUCCGUUGGAGGAACCGGGAGUUGUGCGGAGGGGGGUGGAGUGGGUGGUUGGGGAGGUGUAGGGUUUAUUGUGUGGAAUGUGGGAUAUGGGAUGUGUGGAUGGGCUGGUGUAUAUGGUGAUGAUGGACUACAGAGGGUAGUUGUCGGUGAAUAUGUGUGACAUGUUUGAUUUGGUGAAGAUGAAGAAAGAUACAUAAUGCAAAUCUAGCGAGUAACAACCUAUAUCACCUAAUGUGAAUGAAGCUAUACAGUACAUGUUGGGAUACAGUCUUCGUUCCGUCUGUUCUCCAGAUGCCAGUGGUAUAUCGUUUUGGCCUACUAGUAUGAACGUG